AUGAACAAAAAGCAACAUUCAAAAUCAACUGCUAGUGGAUCAUCUCCUGCUUCCACAGUAAAUAAACCAAAAAACUCAUCAUCAACAACAACAACAACAGCGACAGGCAGAAAUGUAGUACUUCCUCUAUCUGCUCAUCGAAUUUUACAGAAUUUUCUUCUUGUCUGGCUUGAUGCCAAUAUUGAUGAAUCAAAAGAAGACUUCCAAAAUACAUUCAAACAUUUACGACGCAUUGUAGCCUCCAUUACAACAUUUGGAGAUGCCGGAGAAUGCUUCAAUUACCUUAGUGGUAUUACCAAAGAAAAAGUAUUUAUGAUCGUCUCAGGCUCCCUUGGACAAAAAAUAGUACCAGAUAUUGAAGCCAUGCCACAGUUAGAAUCUGUGUAUGUUUUUUGUGGCAAUCAAUCUUAUCAUGAACAAUGGGCCAAUAAAGUACCAAAAAUUAAAGGCGUAUAUACAAAAAUUGAAUCAAUUUGUAAAGCCUUAGAAAUCGAUCGACACCGAUGUGAUCAAGUUAUGAUCCCGGUCAGCUUUAAUGGUCGUGAUGCAUUAUUUAUGUAUACGCAAUUAUUAAAAGAAGCACUCUUGGAGAUCGAAGAUGACAAUAAGAAAUCCAUCAAAGAUUUGGUCGAUUAUUGCCGUGAACAGGACGAUAUUCCUGAAGACCAAAUUAAACAAGUAGAACGUGAAUAUCGUAAUCAUACACCAAUAUGGUGAGAAAAUAAAUUGGCCUUACUGAAAGCCUUCGCUCGUCGAAGCGCAGGAGCUACAAAAUUUCGUGCACGCGUGACCAGCGAUACGCUCCGUAUUCUGCUGGCUCGUACAAUGGACAAAGCCGGCAAUGGUUAG